AAAAAAAACCCAGUGAUUCUUGAAAAGAUUUAGUUUAAUUGUAUACAAAUGACAUCAAUAUUUCGUAUCAAUAAAUAAAUUUCACAAUCAUUCCAAUGUUAACUGAAUGUUUCGAAAGUCAUGUAUUUCCAUUGAGGACAGUUAUUGGAAAAUAUGAAAUUGAUCAUUGAUCAUAAUUUUACAGAUUCAAUAAUUUUAACUUUCUUUUCUUGUCUUGUUUUUUUCUCUCUCUUAAAAAAAACAUUCGACAAUUUCGAAUAGAAUAAUUUCAUGAACUAUAUUAAUUAACUUGUUAUUGUAGUUACCAUUAUUAAUUGUUCAAUAGAUAUCUUUGAACACGAUUCAUAAGAACAGUGAUAAUAAGUAUCGUUUCUAUCAUCCGUUUUUGAAAGAAAAACGUAACAAUAUGACAUAUGUAGAGAAAAGAUUAGUUCUACGUAAUGGACCACCGUGGGGAUUUCGACUUUAUGAAGAUUUUAUGGAAGGAUUGAUUGUAGCCAAGGUAAGACAUCGUAGUCCAUCUGAACAAGCAGGAUUACGUGAAGGUGAUCAUGUACUGGCAAUCAAUGGUGUGGAUGCUUUGGAUAUGUCACAUGCCCAAGCUGUACAAAUUAUUGAUUAUGCAUCUUACACAUUGGAAAUUAUUGUAGGAAGGUAUGAACGACAUCAAAGAACAGAAACAAUUGUUAUGGAUAAUAAAGCUUUACUAUCUAAACAAAAGCCACAAGAAAUCACUACAACUGAAUUACAAUUAUUUUGGGAAAAAGAAAUGCCGCUAAAACCAGCUCGUCGUAAUUGGCCACCUCCACCUCCAUCUGUGCCAGAUUACACUCCACCUCAACCGACAUCAGUACAACCGAAACGUCCACUUUUAGCCAAAACUCAUUCAGUUUCAAUACAUGUACCAGCACAAAGACCAGUAGUUGUUCCACCGCCACAACGUGAACCAACACCGCCUCAAAUACAAACAGUACGUAUACCACCACCUGUAAGACAACAAUCAUCAACUGAUCCGCCGAUUAUUCCACAUGAUCCCGAUGUUGCAAGUGUUUCAGUGAAACAAUUAAUGCGUGAAUUCGAUGUGCCACCAAUUGCACCAGAGCUUAAAAAAAAGAAUUAUGCUGAUUCAUCAUUCUAUUCUGAUCCAACAAAAUAUUAUCCAACAAUUGAAGAACAAAUUGAAAUGGCCAGAAGAGUUGCAAACAGUUUACAUGAUCCAUAUAAUUUUGAGUCAAAAGGUGCAUAUAUGUUUGAGAAACAAAGACAACGAGCAGAAAAACAUGUAAAAGAAGGUCCAGAACCUCAACCAGAUCCUAUUGAAUUGGCAAGUCCUGAAGAGUUAGAAUAUAUGACACCUCCGGAAGCACCACCACCUCCACCUCCACCAGCGCCAAGUUUUCCAGGACUUCAACCAACUAAGAAACCAGUGAUUCCACCACCUCCACCUAUGACAUUUGCACCAGGUCAACCAAAAACAGUACAAGAAUUUUUAGAGAAAAUUAAAAUAUUCCCUAAAAAUCUCCACACUGAUUUAGAUCCACAAAAAUGUUUUGAUAUUGCUACGGCUUUGUACACAUCGGAUAGUCGUGGUGCUAAAAUGUUUGCUAAACGUCAUGCGAGAGCAAUAAAAUGGGAUGCUCAAAGUUCUGGAGAUGCUGAUGAUACCGGAAGUAGAAUGAAUGUGGCAGUAGCAUCUGGUCCUGGACCAACUGUAAGUAAUCCGGAUCAAGUAAAAAUGGUCUCGAAAUUUUCACAAUCCAAAACAAAACAACAACUUCAAUUAAAUCAACGACAACAACAACAACAACAACAAGAAGCUCCAGUUACACCAUUAUCAAUAAAUAAUAAUAAUGGUAAUAACAAUUAUAGUGAUAAUGGAGAGUCAGAUGGAUUUAAAAAGUCGACUAUUUCAUUAGCUACAAACAGUUCCGUAACUACACCGACACCUUUGGACAAUUUAAUUGGUCCUACACCGAAACCAUUUAUACCAAUGAAUUCAAACAACAAUACACGUUUUGGACAAAUGAAUAAUAAUAACAGUAACAAUGCGACUAUCACUACUAACAAUGAAAUUAACACCAUGGAAUCAAAUCAUUUAAACAACACAAAUGAAUCUGGUUGGCGUCCAGUGAAAUUUCGAAUUGGACAACCUACAAAUUGAAUGAAUUGCCUCCUAUUUUUGUUUGUUUCGACAGAAACAAAAAAAAAUACACACCCAAAUUUACAGGGAAUGGAGUUGUUUUAUGCAUCAUUAUGUUGUCUAUAUAUAUAGAUAGAUAGAUACUUCAUUAUAUAACCACUAUUGCUUCCAUUGUUAUUGUCAGUAGAAAAUAAGAUUAGGCAUUGUAACAACAAUAAUGAUGAAUUGUGUUAAAUCGGUUUGUUUCAUUUCAUCCUUAUUUAUAGCUACAAUAACCUGUUUAUUGCUUUCUCUUUGCUCUGUUGUUUGAUUGAUUGAUUAUUCAUGGGAUACAUAGAACACUUAUAUGAAUUAUACUUUGUGUCAUGUGGUAUCUGUGGUCUGUGCCUGCACCUCAACCACACUUUAUUUAACAAGUAAUUUUUCUAGCUUUUAAUAUCUCAAUUCACUCAAAGACUAAUUAUACAUACCUACCAUUGUCUAGCAUUGAUUGACCUAUUGAAUGUCAGUCAAGUUGAUGAAAAUAUUAAGAAAAAUGUACAGAAUACAAUUUUCAAAACAAUUACGCACAUAUUUACGAAACAUUUCGUAAUUUUCCAGUGAAACUGAUCAACUUCUUACAGUGUUCAAUAGAUUAGUGAUGAAUAAAACAGAAAAUUAUUUACGGAUGCUAACAUCAACAACCGCAUCAACUGUUCUUGUUCAGUUCAUAACCCUACUACCAUGAGUAUCAGCCUAAUUUAGUGUGUUCAUUUUGUUUGUUUUUUGCCUACCUACUCUCAACUGCCUUAUAUCAUCUACCUAUUCACAACUAUACACAAAUACUUACUGACUCCUAUGGCCUAUUCUUCUCAUCAUUGUCAAGUUCUUUCUUUAUUCAUAUUUGCUUGUUAACUCACCUCCACCUAUCUUAACUUAGAAUAGAGUUUAUUAUUACAUCAUGUAAUCUUGUUAUAGAACGAGAAUAUAUAUAUAUAUAUAACUGUUGAGUUGUUGAGUAAAUUCUCGGAAUAAACAAUUCUAUUUCAUUUCUACGCUAAUAACUACUACUCAUUUCAAAUUUUUGGUAUUCCUGUAAUUUGAAUAUAAAGAAAGAUUUUUAAACAAGAAAUUAGAUGAUGAUAAUAAUACCCAACUAUGUUGUGUGUGUAUUUUUUCCUUUGUUGAUUAGAGAGGAAAA